CUAAGGACGAUUUAAAACAAUCAACAGAAGGUCUGGCGACUAAGGGCGAUUUAAAAAAAUCAACAGAAGGUCUGGCGACUAAGGGCGAUUUAAAAAGAUCAACAGAAGGUCUGGCGACUAAGGACAGUUGUGAUGAAGUUAACAUGAAGAUAUCUGCACUGGAAAUGAAAAUGAUUUCACUGGAAUCUCUCAUAAAUGAACAAACGAAGGAGAUAAAACGACUCAAGACAGAUGAUUCUGCUCAAAAGGAACAAUCAGAAUAUGAAAAGUCCAAAUUAGAGUUACAGAAAAGUUUGAUAGAGUUUUACAGAGAAGAUAUACUACGCAUGUCUGCACUUCCACAACAACAAGAGGGUAAUCUAUGUGACUUUAAAGACGUGUAUGUUAGACCACGAAUGGUGAUUGAAUCAAAGGGUAACGAGGCUGAUGUUCUAUCAAUGUCUGAUAUUUUUACAAAAGACAACAAAACAAUAAAAUCAAUUUACGUUCUUGGUGAAGCGGGCUCCGGUAAAAGUAGUUUCUGUAAAAGUUUGAUUAAUUACUGGUGUUUGGCACAUUCUGAAGAAGAACAAAGUAUUGAAGAUGAGUUUAGUGGUGUCAGGGAAAUGAAGAAAUUUAAUUUUUUGUUUCACCUUCCUCUCCGUCAUUAUACAGAGAAAACGAGGAUUAAAGAAAUGUUGGAGGAAAAGUACGAGCACCCUGCUCUUACGAAGCUUCUUGAAAUCGAGUCUCGAACUUGUCUCUUCAUUCUUGAUGGUCUUGAUGAAUGGGCUUCUACACCAUCAAAGCGUCCUCCUGAACGCGAUGCAUUGAAGCAAUAUACCGUCCUAAUUACGUCACGACCCUGGAAAAUUGCAACAUUAGGAAUAAGCGAUAAUGAGAUACGGCAAAAGAUUAUCAUUAAAGGGUUUGAUGAUAAAGCAUCUUUAAAGAAUAUGAUUGGAAAGACGGUUCCGAUAUUAAACAAAACGUUUGAGAAAGACAAAGUUUCUAGUGAUUGUGAAAUGGCGCUUGAAAACCAGUCUGUGGAAAAUUUAAAACAUACAGCGAUUAUGCUGCAACAGUUGAUAUGCUUGUGGUUUGAUGACAAACUUCGUAGUGAAACCUCCAGAUGUGCCUUAUACUCUGAAAUGCUUGACCUGUUCUUUGACUGGCAUGAGAAGAAAUACCCCGACGAUCCCCUUUUCACAGAAAUGAUGAAGAAAUCAGAAGACCUGAAAAAUGUAGAACUUCCUCGGUAUUUGAGAGAUACUGAAGUCUGUAAAUCAUAUAGUUAUAUCAUUCAAGACGUAUCGCAGCUUGCGUAUGAAACACUGUUCAAUAACACGAAAGAAACGUCUUUGUCAUUUGAUAGUUCUACAUUUGAACGACUGAAAAUAUCAAAAGAAGUAAAAUCCUGUUGUCUGAAAUUGGGAAUCUUGUCUGAAGAUAAAUGUAUAAGUUUCUCUGCAAGUAAAAGUAGAAGGUCGGCCAUUGCAUUUGUUCACAAGUCACUUCAAGAAUAUUUGGCUGCUGUAUAUAUUGCUAUCCGUUGUGAAAAACAUACCGCGCCGUCGGCAGAUUCAGGAAACGCAGAUUUAUCUGAUCAUUGUGCACAACGUAUUAAAGACAUUUUCAGUAAGUGCACGACUUUGGAUGAAGUAUUAGAACAAGCAAAUGUAUUCAUUAUGCUAUGCGGUCUAGAGCCUAGAAUUGCUACAUUCAUUUCAAAGUAUAUAUACGAUAUCGUUACGGUAGACAAACGCGUUCAAGAGUACAGAAGAGAAAUAUAUGUUGACUUUGGACAUAUUCAUCUUAUAACAAAUAUCCAGAAAUGUAUUAUUAACUGUAUAGAAGAAGUACAAGCAUGUCAAACUCGUAUACAGUCUAACUUUUAUUUAGGUGACAUUAUUGUCGGUAAUAGACACUACAUUCAGACAGAUUAUCAUCUUUUAUGUACAAAUGUUAUUUCCCCUGACAGUGUCAUUUCGUGUAACUUUUAUACAGGUGCAUUUGACUUCAUGAAUAUAAUGAGAGUAUUGAAAUACUUUACGAAAUAUCAGCGACUUAAAGCAAUUAAUAUCGGUGAUUUCCACGCGAAGAUUAAUGGUAAAGAUACUAAGUCUAUCUGUGAUGUAAUUGAAGGUAAUACUUCAACAUUGAAAACACUCUGUGUAGGCCUUUUAAAAGAAGCUGAAGGGAAACGUAUAUUUAGAACAAUUGUCCGUCGUCUGCCUGAGAUGAGUCGUCUUGUCACAUUACAGAUAAAAUAUUACCCUGUGUCUGUGUCACUUAAAGACUUUAUCUCACUAUGCACUUUCCUAUCAGGUAGCAGUCAACUUGAACAGAUAGUGAUUGAUGAUGCAGACUGUGGGUUCAUUGGAUUUGGCCAGCAUGAAGUAGAUUUAUCCAAGCAUCAUAAACUACAGUGCCUGAAGUACGGUACACAUUUCACUGUGAUUUGUGUAAACACAUCAAAUCUAGAAAUAUUUAAAUGUUCAUUGGAGAGCACAAAGUGUGUGAAAGUAUUUGAUAAUCUUAGUACAGCUUACAAUUUAACAGAACUUGACUUGACGUGUGGGUAUCAUUUUGAUUUUGACAAUAUUCUUUCAUGGCAUACUGUAACAGACAUAUUGAUCACAUUGUUACCAUUAUUGAACCAGCUCCGUAAACUUACUUUAAGUAAGUUUACAUUUACUGACAAUAUAAUGAAACGUCCCUCUGAGAUGAAGAAUAUGAAGUUCAUUGAGCUUUGUAGAGUCACAAUGAGCUUGACAACAUGGCGGCGGUUUGUUGAUAGUCUUCCUAUCAUACCGAUACCUGUUAAGGUGAGAGCAAGCUUGAGGUCUAUAACACGAGAUGGAGAGGAAUAUAAGCCUGGUAGAGGAGAAGGAGAAGAGGAAGCAGCUGCAUGUAAGUAUGUUAGAGAACAGGAGAAGUUGUUCAUUGUGGAACGAGAAGAAAAUGAUUCAAUUUCUUUUUCAACAAGGAAGUAAUAUCCAUCUGUAUAAAUUAUUACUGUUGUUAUACUGCUGAUUUCCUUAUGUUGUACUGAUGGUUGAAAUAAGGACAGAUUAUCAAAGUUGUAGAUAUACAUGUAACCAGUUUCCAAUGAAAUGUUUGUUUUAGAAGAGUAAAAUAAUCAUGUCAGGUAAUAAAGAUUUUAUGUUCAAUUUGCUAAACUAUUUAAUUACGUGUUUUCAUGUGAUAAUUGAAAUAUCAUAAUGAGAUAUAAAUAUUUCACAGUAAAAAUAUCAAAGUUAUUUUAUACCAAACAUGAUGCGUUGUUUAAUGUGACAUAUGAAGGUUAAUAUUCAGUUAUAUUUUU